AUUUACCCCAGUCUUUCUCAUACCACGGCGGUGUCGAUUACUGCCACACUGGGCUGCCUCCAUCUACGAUUGACUCUCUUGUGUGUGUUUUUUUUUUUUUGAGGCUGUGGUGCAUUUGUUGGAUGAUAUAAAGAGCGAAAGAGCUUCUUACUGACUGACAGUCUUCAGUGCACUAUUCUGGAUAGAAACAUCACCAACAAUGAAUGGUGAUCAGCUCCACCGCUCCACUUUGGCCAUUUACUCGAACCUGACGGAUGAUUUCAACCCGAGCAUACAGAAACUGGUUUCUCUGGGAGACGGCUAUGUCCACGCUUUCAAGGCUCUUGCUGUAAGGAGUGAGGCCUACUUCAAUGCUCUUUUAAAGAUUGGAGAGAAGGCUUUGCACACAGAAUCAUCGCGCUCCCUAGGAGGUGUCCUGAUCCAGAUCUCUGCGAACCAAAAAAGACUCACCGCGGAGCUGGAUGGAUUAUUCCGCUGGUUCAGUGGAGAGGUUCUGCAGAAGCUGGACAACAACACACGUCUGGACAGAGAUUACAUAUCAGACAGCAGAGAUCAGUAUGAGAUGGAAGUCCACAAUCAGACUGCAGGUCUGGGGAGAUAUCCAAGGAGAGGAGGCAACCAGGACAGUGAGUUUGUGCAGUUCCUCAGGGAGAGCCAUGCAGCAGCUCUGACAGAGGAGGAGAGAAGAUACCGCUUCCUGGCCGAGAAACACUGUGGACUGAUUCAGUCCCUCGCUGACCUCAUGAAUAAGCUGGGUGUAUCCCUCCAGCAGAAAGCUGAUGAUUGGGCUGAGGAGGUGGGCGCCACCAGACAACUGGAAGACAGACGUCCGUCUGCUGUGGACAACACUUUUGCGAUGAGGAGCGAGGACGUCAGACAGAUCAGAGAGGAGCUGCCACUUGGUAAAAUACCAUCAAGGGCUCCGUCUCCCCAGGGAAGCAUUUCUCACGCCAAAGGAGAGUCAGUGGGAGGUGGUGCUGGUGGACGAUCCACCAGGGCCCUGGUUGCCCAUCAGCCUGCUGCCUCCAACCCCACCUUACUGCCCUUCUCCAAGGGAGAGAUGAUCACUCUGCUGGUGCAACAGGCCAGGAAUGGCUGGAUGUUUGGACGUGCUGAGAGGAGCUCACGCCAGGGAUGGUUCCCAGCCUCAUACGUGGAAGCGGUGGAUGAUGCUCCAAAGUCAAUCAGCUCCAGUUUCAGUAGCCCUUCACUCAGAGCCAGCAGCAGCAGCAGCAGCAGCAGCAACAUGGGCGGAGCUGCACCGCCUCCUCCUCCUCCGCCACCACCAUCAUCAUCAUCGUCACCAUCAUUAUCAUCACUGUCUUCAUAUGAAAGCUCUGGAAGGCAAGCAGUCCCGCCCACUCCUGACAGAAGGGCUGAGUCCAACUCAGAAAUCAAGAGAUCACAGCCACAUGGAUCACAGCCUGAGCUCUUUCCAAGGGGGACGAACCCAUUUGCGACAGUCAAACUGAAGCCCACUCACACCAACGACAGAUCAGCGCCACAUGUGCGCAGAUGACGUCAUGAUCUCGACCCCCACAUGACCUGUGAAUGUACGUGGUGAGAAGUGCGAUUACAUGAAAUAGAAAGAAGGCAGAAGAGUUUAUUUGCUUGAGGAUUUUAGUAAUUUAUUGUUAAGGUCUUGAUAAACCAACAAUAAACGAUGCUGAAGAGAUGACAUCAAAUAGAUUUUAUUUUCCAUUUGGUAAUAAAUGAUUAAAACAUUUUGAUAUGUACAGCUGAUAUUAGGAUGUUAGUGUUAAGUCCUUGAUGAUGUAGAACAGACAUAUUGCUGUAUUGUACUAUUGCUCAGGGUUGGAUACUUUAUGUGAUGCAGGGUAUUAAUGAUCUUUUCCAUAUUUUAUAUCUUUUUCUAUUCUACAUGUGAAUUUAAGAUGACUGCUAAAUGUAAAUUGUAUUGAUACUGUAAGCUCCGGCAGAUAAUGUCAUAUCUUAUAAAUAAUAUGUCUGUAGCAGAGGUGUGAUGAAAAACACAUUUAUGGAUUGUGCGAUGCCAUCUUUAUAGCAGCAUGUAAUCUGUACAAGGAUAAUCCCUGAAAUUCUCAAAGUUUAAGUCAUUCUCUAUUUAUCGAGUAUCAGUUCAUGUAUUAGUUUAAAAUAAUUUAAUAAAAAAAGAGUUCGCCGCGGCACCUUUUUUUCCAUUGAAGCUCUACCUUAAUAACUGUCUUUAUAAACAGCUGGUGGAGAACAUGUAAUAAAACCCUUUAAAUGUGUGUCACGUGACUAACUAUCAUUCUAUGUUUAUUAAAAUGACAUUUUAUAACA